GACACUCAGGCGGUGCAGAAUAAACUGGCAACCUGCGACGUCGUCAUUGUUACCCUGUCUUGCCAUUCGUCUUACGACCACCUCAGCGCCUUUGGUUUCCCGCCUCUGACCGGCGACGCUCCCGCGACUUUCAAUCGCAACAGCCUUCCAUACCUGUGGGUGGUCGCCAUGGCCGACGAAGAUGACCUAGCCUAUCUCCAACCAGGCUACGACCUGAAUAGCCUCACCGUCCCCAAGCUGCGCAAUAUCCUGGUCAAGCACGAUAUCGAUUUCCCCUCCUCAGCUAAGAAGGGUCAAUUGGUUGAAGUGAUACAGCAUGACCUUUUACCACAAGCCAAAAAGUUGCUUAAGGCGCAGGAUCGGGUUCGUCGGACUAGUCGAGGCAUCACAGAUGUUCCCAGCAGUCAGGAUAGUACCGCGGACGAUGAAGGCGGGCUCGAUCGACAGCUGAUGCCUCCUCCUGGUCCCAAAACCCCGCGCAGCCGAAAAUCAAAGUCUGACCUUGCGGGGUCAUCGACCUCGACAACUGCAACACCAUCUACCUCUCGGAGAUCAAAAACACCCAGCCGACGGGCGACGAGGACGCCACGCGCUUCAGACACAGAGCCUGAUGUGGAAACUACGGUACGCAAGUCUCGCAAAAGUGCACCCGCGCAAGCCGUACUGGCACCAGCUGUUACACUUGAUGAGCCGGAUGCGAGGUUGAAAAGAGAGUCUCUGGAGACAGGAACUAGUCCAUUCUCAGAUGACAAUCCUUUCCAGUCCGGCUCCAGUCCUACAACUACCUCCAAGCGAUUGUCCUCCUCAUCUCGCAGCAGAAAGUCCCUAGGCGCCUCCACCUCCACCAACAAGAGCCCUUCCAAACGUCGACAAACCAGCUCUCCCAUCAUCAAGCAAGAAAGUGCAUCGCCACAACACACUUCGGUAGAGUUUCCCAUCUCCAGACUCAAGUCUGAUGACUAUGUUCCAGUGACCGAGGAAUUCACGGCCGAGGAGAGUCAGGAGCUAGCGGAGCAAGAGAGAAAUGGACAAGUUGUGCCCGGUCGCAGAUCGCAAUUGGUGCGUAGACCCAAGAAAAAGGCGACCAACAAAGUUGUCAAGGCUGCACCAUUUGCAUUUCUCACCACAGUGCUCGCUGCGGCGGCUGGCUGGUACAGGCAAGAGAAGAUCAACAUUGGUUACUGCGACGUCGGUGACGCUCAAUGGUCCUUGGCCAACUACCCUCAAGUCCCACCUUGGGUCCACGACCUGCAGCCAAGCUGCGAACCGUGUCCUCAGCAUGCUUACUGCUCACCGAACAUGGUAGCGGAAUGUGAAAGCGACUUCGUCCUUAAACCGCACCCACUGUCGCUGAACGGGUUGAUUCCUAUUCCUCCAACAUGUGAACCCGACAGCGAGAAAGAGAGGAAGAUUGAAGCUGUGGCAAACAAGGCAAUCGAGGAGCUGCGUCAGCGGAGAGCAGCAUAUGAGUGCGGAGGGGAAGUGCCUAAUGCACAGUCGAUCGGCACCGGGUCAAUAGAAGUAGAACAGCCCGUCGCUUCAUCUAGCUCAGCGAAGCUUGAAAUCUCGGAUGAAGAACUCAAGAAGACCAUCGCCAAGCAGCGAAGAAAGGGGAUGACUGACCAGGAUUUUGACGCCCUGUGGGAAGGCGCAUUGGGAAAUGUUCUCAAAAGAGACGAGGUUGAUGUUACUCACGACGGUGUCCCAAUUUCUUCCCUUGCAGAUCUGGAACCCGAUUCCUUAGCAGCUCCUCUCUCGCCCGACUCCCAUUCUCCUGUGCCAUCCGAAAAUCGGUUCUUCGAACCAUUUCGCACAAUCGAAUCCCUCUUGGACUUUUGAUUGUCAUCGUUGGAGCGGGAACAUACUUGUACAGUCAAGCCGACGCCCGGAAGCGGGCUACGGCUCAAAUCCCGGGACUGGUAGCCACGACGUUGGAUCGUCUUGCGACACAGGCUGCCUUGAAGGAGGACGGUCGGACUUCAGAGCCAUACAUUAGUGUGGGCCAGCUGAGGGACGAUGUACUUCGAAACGUGUUUAGUCCGAAUGAGCGAGAGAGGGUAUGGCAGAAUGUGAGGAAGGUUGUCGAAGGCAAUUCUAAUGUGAGAGCGUCAACCCGCGAAGGUGGCAAAACAGGGGAAUGGAGUCGAGUGUGGGAGUGGAUUGGACCUCUUGAUCUCGCUCCAGGUUUGGAAGGUCGAAGAUCUGGUGGACUCAUUCAGAACGCUGGUUCUGCGGUUGGCGUUGGUCCCGACGACGGCAGCGGUAUAACCGACGUUCGACGAUGGGACGAAGGGAGGGCGAUUUAUUGAUUUCACGUUGCUUUUCUUGUGUAAUACGUGCACGAUGCAUUUCUGGACGCGUAAAUGGAUUGGCUUCCAAGGUUUCCUGUUAAUGCCAAACGAAGACUGUGCAUGACUCGCUGUCGCACUAACUUCGUGAAUACCUAGAUCAGUCGAUGAUUGCCUUUGAUCUCACUUUCUAAAUGCCUACACUUGGGCUCCCUUGGGCACUUAUACAAUGCCAGAGUAU